GUCAGGCAACAGAUCGCAACGCCGCGUGGUGGCGACGAGGCGACGCAGGUAUUUUCUCUGUGGCGAGUGCUAAGACUUUUUGUCGGGAGUGCAGUGUGGUGCCGGGGGGGCUCAGUGAGCAGCAAGAAAAAAAAGACGAGUCGUGCUCUCCCGCUAUCUUUGGCGAUUCGUCGCGCCCGAGCAGGCAAGCAAGCGCCCCAUCUACAGCCAAGUGGACAGCGGCGACCCGGCGGCCCGAGCGACCGACUCCCCCGCCCGCGCACACAGGCUCGCCGACCGUAGCAGCGAACCGGAGCGAUACCGCGUCGCAGUAAGCAGCAGAUAUGGCCCUGAAAAGAAUAAAAAAGGAACUCGAAGACCUCAAGCGCGACCCGCCGGCGCAGUGCUCGGCCGGCCCCGUGAACGACGACCUCUUCCACUGGCAGGCGACGAUCAUGGGACCGCCAGACAGUCCGUACCAGGGCGGCGUUUUCUUUCUGACGAUCCACUUCCCGACGGACUACCCGUUCAAGCCGCCCAAGGUGGCGUUCACGACGCGCAUCUACCACCCGAACAUCAACAGCAACGGCAGCAUCUGCCUCGACAUCCUGCGUUCGCAGUGGUCGCCGGCGCUGACCAUCUCCAAAGUGCUGCUGUCCAUCUGCUCCCUACUCUGCGACCCGAACCCGGACGACCCACUGGUGCCGGAGAUUGCCCGCUCGUACAAGACCGACCGCGAGAAGUACAACGAACUGGCUCGGGAGUGGACACGCAAAUAUGCCAUGUGACCCGCCGAUCUGCUUGCUGGCUAUGCUGCUCAGAGAAGAGAGAGAGACUUUGUACAAAAAACCCGACGAGGGGGACGAUGCAGCGACGACGGGAAGGCGAGCGCUUUUUGAGAGGAACCUAUCGAGAAAAGAAGCCGGAUGGAAAAGCAGCAGCAGCAGAGCAGUGGCUUUGUAGGAAGGGUUGGGCAGGGCGAGGAAAUAUAUACACACACAGAAAGAUGAAGAAAAAAAAAAGUGAUGAAAUCGCGGGCAGAAAAAGAGCGAGACGCCGCUGCCAGCGCUGUUAGGCCUAACUCAAAUUUAGCACUCCCCUUCUUCAGCUGCUCGUAAUAUUAUUUUUCUUCUCUCUUCCCCCCACUCUUUGUCGGGUCGUCACACUCUCUGAGAGAAGAAGAAAAAAAAAAGUCACCUCCGCAAAACAGCCCCUUAGAAGUCGAAGCCCAUCCUUUUAUCUUCAUUUUUCUUUCUCUUGUUCCUUGGCUUCCCACAUGCGCUCUUUCUCUUUUCCUAUCAUCAAACCGCGUCGAACUCCCAUCUUCGCAUGUUUUUUGGGGGCUUGGUUUAUUUUAACAUCCAAAACAUUGCGGUUGUACCGUUAUGCACGAUUUUCUUUCGGCCGCAUAACUGCCCACUUUUUUAGAGCAUAAUGAGUUGAUCGACGCCGCCUUAACAAUUGUCGCCGAACGAGUCGCCCUAGUUUUUUUCAUUUUUCGUCUUUUACUCGGUGAAUUUAAUUUCCCAGUGUUUUCCAAGGACAUCUGCUCUGUGCUUUUUCUCCCCGCCGCCCCUCCCCAUUUUUGCGCGUCUCUUAAGGACAUGUUUUAUUCUCUGUUCUCUUAGGACAUUAUUUUUGCUCAUUUGUUUUGUGUGCAUGUACUUCACGCUGCCCGACCUUCUCGGGCAUCCUCCCUAGGAUUUCUUUAGAAGUGAUACCAAGCCCUGUGUCCAACAUUACCGGCGAGUGCAACAGUGGCAGUGCUUUGCCUGUGCUGCUUUGGAAAGAAAGGGUGUCAAGAUUGAAGUAGUGUGUCGCCGCCCUCUUGCAGUGAAGCUUCUUUGCCUCUGUCAACGCACCUCCGCUUGUCAACCGUGUUAACUUCUCGGAACCCCAGCCGUUUUCCCGGUCUGCCACUCGACAACCCUUUCCGAACCCAGCCGUCCUGUAUGACCUCUUCCCUCACCACUGACCGCAUCAUCGAUUUGGCAAUGCUUGUUUACUUCCCCUCUGGAUGCUUCGAAGCAGUCCAAAACCUGUUCUCCUGUCUUUUUUUUUAUUAUUAUUACUUGCAUAAGUGCUGGAUUAUUAAAGUAUUUUGUGUGUGAGGUA